CUGGCUAAUAUGCAAGAGUCAGUCGAUGCAUAGGAAGCACACUAGACAAAGAUUUAGUAACAAAAAAUUGUAAAUAAAUAAGUAAACAGUAUGAGUAUGCUUGACCUACAGUAUGCGAAUAUGCUGGUGUGCAUGUUUACUAGUGCGUAAAUAUGCGUGUAUGCUAAUAUACUCGUUGUUUAAUGUAAAAAGGCAACUUGCAAGCAUUCAAGGAUGCUAGUAUGCAAGUUGCACAUAUAACAAGCAUGUUUUCAAGUAGCAUGUAGGUAUGUUACAUAGCUAGUAUGAAAAAGUUUCAAGUAUGCUAGUAUGUUUGGUUGCAGUUAGCACAGAUAUUAUGACACUAUUGCUAUAUAAGGUUUUGUAUGAUUAUGCUAACACAUUUUGCAAAAGAAUGCUACUAUGCAAGUACACUUGUAUUCAAGUAUGAUGGUGACGAUACACUCACGAGAAGUUUGCAGUAAUGGCUCAGUAGUUUGGACGUAUGAUAGUAUGAGAGUGUGCUGGAAUGCAAGUGCUAGCAUGUUCCAAUCUUCUUUGGCGCCUCAAAGUGCUGGAGAUAGAGCGUGUUGAUUUGGAGUGUGCAGUGAACAACACCGAGCACCACACCAAGCUGAACGGGGUAAACAGACUGAUCGUGAGGAGAGGUCAACCCUUUACCAUCACACUUCACUUACGAGCAGGCUCACGUUUUCAACACGGACGCAGCAUCAACCUCAUCUCCCGUACAGGUCCAGACCCUGGUGCUGCUGUUAAAUUUGGUCCCGGGAAAUUCGUAUCCAAAGUCCGCUGGAGUGUGACGACAAAGUUAGCUUCUGAGAGCAGCGUAUCACUCACUAUUGGCUCUUCACCUGAUGCGCCAAUCGGGGUGUACCAACUCGCCCUCGAGUUUGUUGGCAGGGAAGUUAAGGAAGUCAGUUUGGGCCAGUUUGUGUUGCUCUUUAACCCCUGGUGCAAGAGAGAUUCUGUGUACUUGGCGAGUGAGGCUGAGAGACAGGAGUACAUUCUGUCUCAGGAUGGACUGAUCUACCGUGGAAAGGCCAAACGCAUCAGUACACUUCCAUGGAACUUUGGACAGUUUGAGCCUGGCAUUUUGGACAUCUGUCUGAGAGUUUUGGAUGAAAACCCGAAGCAUUUGGAAGACCCAGCGCGGGACUGUUCAGACAGGAGAAGGCCUGCCUACGUGGCCCGAGUCAUCAGUGCCAUGAUAAACAACAACGAUGAUAAUGGAGUUCUGGUGGGGAACUGGUCAGGAAACUAUGAAGACGGAAUCAGACCUACUGCAUGGAAGGGCAGUGGUGCGAUUUUGCACAAGUGGAAUGAACAGAACUGCACAGGAGUGCAAUAUGGCCAGUGCUGGGUGUUUGCUGCUGUGGCGUGUACAGUGUCCCGGGCGCUGGGCAUCCCGUGCCGAGUGGUCACCAACUACGAAUCAGCUCAUGACACAAACAGCAACCUGGUCAUUGAACGUUAUUACAACGAGAUUGAUGAGGAUAUUAGUAAUGACUCCAUAUGGAACUUCCAUGUAUGGUUGGAGAGUUGGAUGACUCGUCCUGACCUUAGGCUCGGCUACGAGGGCUGGCAGGCCAGUGAUCCCACACCACAGGAAACAAGUGAUGGGGUUUACUGCUGUGGUCCAGUCCCUGUGAGAGCAGUAAAGGAAGGGGACCUGAGCGCAAAGUAUGACGCUCCGUUUGUUUACGCCGAGGUGAACGCAGAUGUGGUGGAAUACAUCGUUCUGGGUGAUGAAGUGGUAAAAGUAGGAGGAUCAGCUACUCAUGUGGGCCAGAGCAUCAGCACCAAGGCAGUCGGCACAGACGAGAGGGAAGACAUCACACAUCUUUACAAAUACCCUGAAGGUUCUAUAGAGGAGAGGAAGGUGUUUGAGAAGGCCAACCAUGUAAACCGGCUAAUUAAGAAUGAGGAAGAGCCUGGUCUGCAUGCGAAGAUCAAACUGAGCCCUGAUAUGAUGGUGGGUUCAGACUUUGAUGUGUACGCGCGGGCCAUAAACAACACGGACACUCCGAAGAUCUGCCGGCUGAUGUUUUACGCCCAGGUUGUGACCUAUAAUGGCAGACUCGGGGGGACAUGCGGCCAGAUGAAGCUCACUGAGGCUAACCUGGCCCCAAUGGAGGGAAGCGAGGCAACACUUCACCUACAAUAUUCAGAGUAUGGAAAAGUCAUGACUCAAGACAGAAUGAUCAAAUUGGUUGCUCUGCUUAUCGACUUGGAGACCAAGGAGCUCCAGAGAGCAACAAAGACCAUAGUGUUGGAUACCCCAUCUAUUAUCAUUCUGGUUCUUGAGGAUCCUAAAGUAGGCCAGCCUGUUUUGGUUGAUGUAUCAAUGCAGAAUCCUCUGCCCGAGUCGCUGGAAAACUGUGUCUUCUCUUUACACGGAGCCAACCUGACAGACGGCACGGCCAUCACUAAAGAUGUUGGGAAAGUAGGCCCUGGUGACCUCGCCACUGCCGAACUCGUGUUCACACCUACGGCUUCAGGGAGACGAAAACUAGUGAUCGAUUUCUCAUCCGAUAAACUAAGCAACGUUUAUGGAUACACAAACAUCAACAUCGAAGAAUGAAUGCUUGUGUCGGUCACAAACGGAACUGAUUCAUGUUGAUGGAAUGCGAUGGAACAGAACCGAUAACAUGACCUGCUGUCAUUUUUGUUCUAUUAAACUUAAAGAAAGAAUAAAGGGAGAUGGUGAGGGAAUGAGUGUUUACAGCUGCUGUAAUAAAACUAAGCACAGAAAAAAAAACACACUAUAUGUAACUAUAAGUAGAUAAAUAUUGUUUUUUUUUAUUCUUAUGUAACUGUUUAAGAAUUUAAUAAAAUGUUGACAUCUUUUUAUUUAUUUUUUUUCUACAACAACACUACAUAAGCCUUUAGUGGCAGCUUGGUGGUUAUGACGUUGGCCUACGGACUAGAAGAUCCCGGGUUCAAACCCCAACAUCAUCAAGCUG